UGAUUCACCACAAGAACAAGAAGAACAAGAACAAAAACACCGUUGUUCUUUUUGAGGUUUUUCAUCAUCGUUUUCACUCUCAUCACAAACCCCUUUUUCACUCUCAAAAGGGUUUUCAACCAUUUUCUUCAAACCCUCCUUUUCACCCUUCAAAAUCCUCUCUUUCUCUCUCAUCCAUUGCCUUGAACCCCACUUCACAAAACCUGGGUUUUUGUUUUUCCACAACAUAAACAUCAUAUGACGUAGUACGAUGAAUGAACCUUAAUCCUUGUUUUGUUGUUUUCCUUUGGUUUUGAUGGUGCCACAUUGUUUGACUUCACUUCUAUAGUUUUUGUACCAUGACGCUAUAGUUUCUCUCUCUUUAAUCUUGAUCCACCCUUUUGCCCCAUUUGAUUCUAUACUGGAAAAAGAUUGAAUUUUUUCAUCUGGGUCGUUGUGGUUUUGGUUUUUUCAUCAAUGGUUUGAGUUUUAGGAUUUUUGGGGAUAGCUUGAUAGGGUUUUUCCUUACACCAAUUUAGGGUUGGUUUAGGAACAACCCAUCGUUGUUUAUUUAUUUGUUGUGUUAUUUAAUGUUGUAGUGUAGAGUGUUGUUUUUGCUGUUGGUGGUGUUGGUGGAUUUUGAAGGAUUUAAGGAUGUCUGGUGAUGAGGUUGAUGCUGUUUUUGUGUCAUGGGAGGAGCAAGUGAUAUGUCAAGAGCGUGGGAACCGUGUGAUUCAUUUUUACUUGAGACAUAUGUCGGGGGAUUCGGUGCUAGCUGUUGUGGGGACUGAGAGGAGUGUGAGGCACAUGAUGUAUGUUGUUCCUCAACAAUUUUUGAUGGAUUAUGGAUCAACUAACGUUGUUUAUAAAUGGAGGGCAAGGAGGGAGGUUGUUGACUGGCUCAACCAUUUGGUUUCGAGGAAUCGAUCACACCGUAAUGGUACACUGCUGGAUGAUUCAGCUAUUGCUGCAGGACUGGGCUCUCUUGAUACGUUCGCAGAUGGAAUCAAUGCUAAUAACAGAAAAAUACCUGAUAAACUGAUUUCUAAGAAGCUGAACAUUCAAAGUUCAGAUAUUGUAUGGUCAGGUGCUUCUUCCUUUUGUGCUAAACAGCUGAAGCACUACUCAGGGUUUGACAGGAAAGGGACUACCAUAUAUGUUCAUUCAUUUGUGUAUAUUAUGGCUGAAGAGGAAAAUCACUAUCUCGGUUAUUUGGAAGAUAUGUAUGAAGACAAAAAGAGACAAAAAAGGGUGAAAGUACGGUGGUUUCACCGUGGUCAGGAAGUUAAGCAUGUGAUUCCAGAGCUUGAUCUUCAUGAGGGUGAGGUUUUCAUCACACCUAAUGUUCAGGUGAUCAGCGCUGAGUGCAUCAACGGUCCUGCAACAGUUCUGACUCCUAAGCAUUACGAGAAAUACAAAGCCGAGUUGCUGCGUACCUCUUCAUCUGAGAUCCAUGUAUGUUCUAGGCAGCUUAAAAAUAACAAGCUGAAACCCUUUGCUCUUACUAAGCUGAGCGGUUAUAGUAACCAGCCUAUACUUUCUGGUUUGAAUUGCCCUAGUCUUCCCAAAAGAAAGGCGGACUGUCCGAAAUUUGAAGAUGGUGGGAACUUCACUCAAGAUGAUUCUUUGAGGUCCAGCAAUAAGAGGAAUAGAAGUUCUGUGGAGUACUUGGUAGCUGAAAAGGGUUCUUCUGGUCUGCAAAACUCUUCUCUUAUGAAUGAGAUGCCAAACGGUGUACCGAAAUACCCGAGUCUGAAACUAAAACUGUCGAGAAAUACAAUGGGUAAGGGUAUUGAACCUAAGCCUGAACUGCCUUUUAAGGUCAAUGAUAAGGUAGAGUUUCUCUCUCAAGAUAGUGGCAUUAGAGGAUGCUGGUUUAGAUGUACAAUCUUGUAUGCAUCUCAUAAGAAGCUCAAGGUUUUGUAUGAUGACAUAAUGGACGCAGUAGAUGAGGAGGAACAUCUAGAGGAAUGGAUCCCUGCUCAAAGAGUGGCAAAACCUGACAAACUGGGUAUGCGGUGUGACGGCCGCUUUUUAGUACGACCACGCCCUCCUGAAUCUGUUAAAGGUUGUACUUUCGAGAUUGGAGCAGCUGUGGAUGCCUGGUGUGGGGAUGGAUGGUGGGAAAGUAUUAUAACUGCUGUUGAUGCUUCUGAAAAUGGAACCUGUCAGGUUUAUUCGCCUGGUGAAGAGAAGUUUCUAUUGGUUGAAAAGAGAGACCUUCGAAUUUCCCAAGAUUGGAUUGAUAACAUGUGGGUUAAUAUAUUGGGAAAGCCGGACAUUUGCAGCUUUUUAUCUUCAAAUCCCCCUCGCCCCAAGUUUCAAGCUAAUUCUGCAGUGGUCAAUGGAUCUAUUACUGGCAGUUCUGCAACAUUUGAAAGUAAAUCGCCACCAACCGCUAAAGUUGAAGUUGCUCCAAAGGUUGAGCAAAAAUCAUCUGGUUUGGAAGAACUUAAUGGCGGUAUGAAGAGAAUGACUUUGUGGAAACCACCACUCCAUGCCAUUCAUGAAGACGAGGACAUCGACUCUGGUGGCUUUGAUGGUGAUACUGAGACUGACAAUGUUGUUGAUGCGUUUGAUAAAGACAAGGACUGUAACUCUGGUAGUAGCAGUGAUGAUGAUGGCUCUGACAAUGACGGUGAUGAUGCUGAUGCUGACAACACUGGAGAGGACAGCGAGGAGAAUUUGGUGAUGGAGGAAAAAGUUGGUCGUUCUGAACCAAAACUUGAUGCAGCAGGAGCAAUACAGGUUACAUGAAUAUAAGGUAAAGGUAAAUGGGAGAUUUCUCUUUCUCCUACUGAUUAUAUAUACGUGAUGUAUAUAAUAAUGAAAUGAAACUUCAGGGUAGUAGUAAUACAUAUGCAGAGGAUAAUGGUGGGUAAAGGUUCUUAUUCUAGUACAUUUUAGUGUAUAGCUUAUGUUUUGGGUUGAGGUCUUUCAUUAGAUCAACAAUCUAUAAAGCUUAUACAGUCUAGUCUUGAUAUUUAGUUCAUGUGGGUUGUUAGAUGCACAAUUGCACAUACAUCCACUGAAACUUGAAACUGCGUAUCGAGGAGUUUAGCUCCCAAGGGUAAAGUUUGUACUUUGAGAUUUUAAUUAGUUUUUACCUUUGAUCAUGAAGUACUAUAUAAAGUUUUAUCUUUGAACAAUUUGCUAAAUAUGUGCACCUAUUCAUAUAUGGUUAUAUGUAAUUCUGGAA